CUUCAGGGGUGGGGUGCAAAGAAAGUUUGCGUCUGCUGCCGCCGCCUCCCGCCUCGGCCUAGGAGGCUCGCCGCCCGCGCCCGCCCGCUCGGCCUUGCCCAGGACUGCGUCCUGCCCGAGACCGCCACCAUGAACAAGCUGUACAUCGGCAAUCUCAACGAGAGCGUGACCCCCGCGGACUUGGAGAAAGUGUUUGCGGAGCACAAGAUCUCCUACAGCGGCCAGUUCUUGGUCAAGUCCGGCUAUGCCUUCGUGGACUGCCCCGACGAGCACUGGGCGAUGAAGGCCAUCGAAACUUUCUCCGGGAAAGUGGAGCUGCAAGGAAAACGCCUAGAGAUUGAACACUCCGUCCCCAAAAAACAAAGGAGUCGAAAAAUACAGAUCCGAAAUAUUCCACCCCAGCUUCGAUGGGAAGUACUGGACAGCUUGCUGGCUCAGUAUGGUACAGUGGAGAACUGCGAACAAGUGAACACCGAGAGUGAGACAGCAGUGGUGAAUGUCACCUAUUCCAACCGCGAACAGACCAGGCAAGCCAUCAUGAAGCUGAACGGCCACCAGCUGGAGAACCACGCCUUGAAGGUCUCCUACAUUCCUGAUGAGCAGAUAGCACAGGGGCCCGAGAAUGGGCGCCGAGGAGGCUUUGGCUCUCGGGGUCAGCCCCGCCAGGGCUCUCCUGUGGCAGCGGGAGCCCCAGCCAAGCAACAGCAAGUGGACAUCCCCCUGCGGCUCCUCGUGCCCACCCAGUACGUGGGCGCCAUCAUCGGCAAGGAGGGUGCCACCAUCCGCAACAUCACAAAACAGACCCAGUCCAAGAUCGACGUGCACAGGAAGGAGAACGCAGGUGCUGCCGAGAAGGCCAUCAGCAUCCACUCGACCCCCGAGGGCUGCUCCUCUGCCUGUAAGAUGAUCUUGGAGAUUAUGCACAAGGAGGCAAAGGACACCAAAACGGCCGACGAGGUUCCCCUGAAGAUCCUGGCCCAUAAUAAUUUCGUGGGGCGUCUCAUUGGCAAGGAGGGGCGCAACCUGAAGAAGGUGGAGCAGGACACAGAGACGAAAAUCACCAUCUCCUCGCUACAGGACCUCACCCUCUAUAACCCCGAGAGGACCAUCACUGUGAAGGGCGCCAUUGAGAACUGCUGUAGGGCCGAGCAGGAGAUCAUGAAGAAAGUUCGGGAAGCCUAUGAGAAUGACGUGGCUGCCAUGAGUCUGCAGUCUCAUCUCAUCCCCGGCCUGAACUUGGCUGCCGUAGGCCUUUUUCCAGCCUCCUCCAGUGCAGUCCCACCACCUCCCAGCAGCGUCACCGGAGCUGCUCCCUACAGCUCCUUUAUGCAGGCUCCAGAGCAGGAGAUGGUGCAGGUGUUCAUUCCUGCCCAGGCAGUGGGCGCCAUCAUCGGCAAGAAGGGGCAGCACAUCAAACAGCUCUCCCGUUUCGCCAGUGCCUCCAUCAAGAUUGCUCCUCCUGAAACUCCGGACUCCAAAGUUCGUAUGGUCAUCAUCACUGGACCCCCAGAGGCCCAAUUCAAGGCUCAGGGAAGAAUUUAUGGAAAACUCAAGGAGGAGAACUUCUUCGGUCCCAAGGAGGAAGUAAAGCUGGAGACCCAUAUCCGGGUGCCAGCAUCGGCAGCUGGCCGGGUCAUUGGCAAAGGUGGCAAAACGGUGAAUGAGCUGCAAAAUUUGACAGCAGCGGAGGUGGUGGUGCCAAGAGACCAGACCCCUGAUGAGAACGACCAGGUCAUCGUCAAGAUCAUUGGGCAUUUCUAUGCCAGCCAGAUGGCUCAGCGGAAGAUACGAGACAUCUUGGCCCAAGUCAAACAGCUGCACCAAAAGGGACAGAGUAACCAGGCCCAGGCCCGGAGGAAGUGACCAGCCCCUUCCCAUCACGUCGGCUCAAGGACAACAGGCCGAAAUUG